CAAAUCAAGCGUUCAAGCAGUGAGUUGUGUGCAGUGCGUUGUGCGACUGGGUAGACAGCGGGAAGUGGGGACUCCAACUACAACCUUCUCUUAAUCAAGAUGAACUCCGAAUCUGUUGUCAUCGUUUCUGCUGCACGAACUCCGAUAGGGUCUUUGAAUGGUGCGCUGUCCAUGGUGCCUUUGCAUGACCUGUGUUCAGUAGUGAUCAAGGAUGUUCUGAAGCGGGCAGGGGUGAAGCCAGAUGAGGUCUCUGAGGUUAUUAUGGGACAUGUCCUGACUGCAGGUCAAGGUCAGAACCCAGCUCGAAAAGCUAGUGUUGGGGCAGGUAUUCCCUACCUUGUUCCUGCAUGGAGCUGCCAGAUGGUUUGUGGCUCUGGACUUAAAGCUGUGUGUCUGGGAGCUCAGUCUAUCCAGGUUGGGGAAUCCACUGUAGUUGUGGCAGGAGGCAUGGAGAGUAUGAGUAGGGCUCCUCACACAGUGCAAAUGAGAGCAGGAGUAAAAAUGGGUGAUGCCUCCCUGCAGGACUCCAUGGUGGCUGAUGGCCUGACGGAUGCUUUCCAUGGGUACCACAUGGGUGUAACAGCUGAGAAUGUGGCAAAGCAGUGGGCAGUCAGUAGAGAGGAGCAGGACCGGUUCGCUCUUCAGUCUCAGAAUAGAACAGAGGCUGCACAGAAAGCAGGACAUUUCGAUCAGGAGAUUGUUCCCAUCAUGGUGCCAUCAAGAAAAGGCACAGUGGAGGUGAAGGCUGAUGAGUUUCCUCGACAUGGCAGCAACAUGGAUAGCAUGUCCAAACUCAGACCUUGCUUCAUCAAAGACGGCAGCGGCUCAGUCACUGCUGGAAACGCUUCAGGUAUAAAUGAUGGGGCAGCAGCAACUGUCUUAAUGAGCCAAUCAGAGGCUGUGAGGCGGGGUGUAAAGCCCAUGGCCAAAAUAGUAUCAUGGGCUCAAGCUGGUCUUGACCCAUCAGUCAUGGGAACUGGGCCAAUACCAGCUAUCAGGAAAGCGGUUGAGAAAGCUGGCUGGCAACUGGACCAGGUUGAUUUAUUUGAGAUCAAUGAAGCCUUUGCUGCACAGUCAAUUGCUGUGGUCAAAGAGCUCGGCCUAAAGGAAGAUAAGGUGAAUGUGAGCGGUGGUGCCAUUGCUCUGGGCCACCCUAUUGGCAUGUCUGGCUGCAGAGUGCUGGUGACCUUGCUGCACGCACUCCACAGGACUGGAGGACAGAAAGGAGUGGCAUCCCUCUGCAUUGGAGGAGGGAUGGGUGUAGCAAUGUGUGUGGAGAGGCUUUAAAAAAAAAAAAGGCUAUCUCAUGCCACUCGACAGAUUGCACUUUAAUCUUCUGAAAAUAAGGGAUAAUGAAUUCUAAUGUUUACUCUGAAUAGUUAAGUGUGAAAGAUGUGAUUUACAUAGCUUAUUCUAGUCCCUGUACUUAAGGCAAAGUAGUAUGUUGUGAGCUAACCUAAGAUGGCCAUUCUCACUGUGAAAUUUGUUUUAAUUCCUCAGGUUUUAGCUGUUUAAUGAAUGUGACUAAAAGCUAGGUCUUAAAUAUCUGGUAAGGGAUCAAAUUAUAUAAAUCUUGUUUACGGUUGGCCAGUACAUAAGUGUUAGUUUGAUUCUUAUAAGUUGGCAAUAGAUGUAGAUAACAUGGAAUAGAAAUACUGCAGGCAGAAACUGUGGGCAAGACAAAAUUUUAAGUAAUUUUCAUUAAAAACCAGCUGCUUUCAGCAUUUAAUACAACAGAGGACAGUGAAACACUACAACAGAAAAGCUAAAUGUGCAGUACAGGCAGACUUUGGUGGACUUGCUAACUUCUUGCUAUAUUUUUAUGUAAUAUACUAUGGUUAUGUGUUCUCUGAAGAAGCUUAUACUGAUCAACAUUCCAGCAUGGUCUAAAGGAGUAAAUUAAACUUUCUUCACAGGAGCUGUGCAGACAGCUUUGAACCAUCUCUAAGUGCCAUGAUUUGUAUGCUUGCCUUCUCUUACCUAGUGCUUCCUGUACACGGGCAUGUUAAUGUUACUGUAAUCUGACUGUUAUCCUAUUAAAGAGUGACGAGCCA